GUCAAUGUCGACUGCCGCGAGAAACAAAAGCCAGAACACCCACGAUUACCCUUUCUGUGCGGUUGAACUUCGGUUUCUUUGGAUUCCAAACGAGAAUGGAAGUACCUUGGAUGAUCAUAUGCCAUGGCCUGUUGACACUCUUGGUUGCGAUUUCCAUACUCUGCGGUCACUGGCCUAUCUUCCAGGGCACUCCCAUCGAGCGUAUCAACUACUUCAUCACUUAUGGAGCCUACGACUACUUCCUCCGGUUCGUGGGUUUCGUGUUUGGGAAUAAGGGCAUGGAUGCUAUCCUUUCUGUCGAGUAUUACUGCUGCAAUCGUCCAAACCCCAUCUUGCAGAUUGUGUAUUUGGCAAUAAUUGGAGUAACUUUCUACUUUGUUGCCAUAACUUCCUUUCAAUAUAUUCCUGGCUUCUAUUUAAGUGAAGUUCACAGGUACACGAGCUUCCUGGCAGGUGGUGUUGGCAUUCUACUUUUUCUAUUGACUAGCUUCUCUGAUCCAGGAACUGUGAAGGCUGAGAAUGUCUCUCAGUAUAUUUCAGUAUAUCCCUAUGACAAUAUCAUAUACACAGAAAAAGAAUGUUCUACUUGUAAAAUUCCUAAACCUGCGAGGUCCAAACACUGUAGCAUAUGUGAUCGCUGUGUUGCGCGGUUUGACCAUCAUUGUGGAUGGAUGAAUAACUGUAUAGGGGAGAGAAAUACCCGAUAUUUCUUGGCAUUUCUUUUGUGGCAUCUUCUUCUCUGUGUAUAUGGAACAAUUGCCCUUGGGUUAAUUGUUGCAGGACGUUUGAAAACAUUAAGGGUUGUAUAUAUUCUAACAGUUUAUUAUGGUGUGGAAAAUUCUUUUCUUAGUUUAGCUCCGCAUGUUGUGCAGUGGCUAUUGGGCUCAUAUAAUACUCAAAUACUUCUUAUGGUGUUUCUUGCCAUAGUUUCCUUGCUACUAGCUGGAUUCCUUGGCUACCAUAUCAAUUUAUGUCUCAAAAACACCACUACAAAUGAGACAUUCAAGUGGGAGGAAUACAUUAGCUGGCAGAGUAAGCUGAAUGAAGCAAGGGCAAGUGCUGCAGCACUCAGAGCAAGUGUAAGCCCGAUGAGUAGUGAAGUAAAGCCUCCUGAGAGCAAAUGCAGAGCCUUUUUCCGGAAAUCCCCGUUACAAGAUGCUGAGGCUGUUAAAAAAAACAUGUAUGAUAGAGGGUUCCUCCACAAUCUUUACGAGGUCAUUUAUCCCCACUCAACAAGGAGGUCGUUUUUGCAAAUGAAAACCAAGUCUGGUUGAGAUUGCCAUAGAAUGCUCGGCAUCAGCAAUCGUCCGUGGGAUCCUCAAUGUUCAAUGUUUAGAUGGUGUUCUAUUGGCCAGACCUUAAAUGGAGCAUUCUACAUACAAACACAUAGCAGAGGAAAAGCAAAUCUGGCUUCUCCCAUUUGGUACAGAAGGAGGAUGUGUAUUCUGUGAGGGCAAAUGCAAUGGGAAUGAAUUUGCUGGGCCAACAUUUUUGUUGGCCCGGUCCCACCUCUAUUACACAAAAA